UUUCCGUUAAAUGCUGAAGCCGAGGCGCGCCAGCGGCCACUGUCCCACGUGAAGGCUUUGCGGGCACAUCGCCUAGCGGGGCUGACCCCCUGCUCGCCGCAGAGUGUUCCCGAAGCAGCGGGAGACCGGAAGUUCCCGCGACCCCUCCCGAGCCGGUCCCGGAUCCCGGUGUGAGGCGCCUCGGAGCGCGGUGACGGCGCCAUGUCCCUGAUCUGCUCCAUCUCCAAUGAAGUACCAGAGCACCCGUGUGUAUCCCCAGUCUCCAAUCAUGUAUACGAGCGGCGGCUCAUCGAGAAGUACAUUGCAGAGAAUGGCACAGACCCCAUCAACAACCAGCCUCUGUCAGAGGAACAGCUCAUCGACAUCAAAGUUGCUCACCCAAUCCGGCCCAAGCCCCCCUCAGCCACCAGCAUCCCUGCCAUUCUGAAGGCCCUGCAAGAUGAAUGGGACGCUGUCAUGCUGCACAGCUUCACUCUGCGCCAGCAGCUGCAGACAACCCGCCAGGAGUUGUCCCACGCUCUGUACCAGCACGACGCCGCCUGCCGUGUCAUCGCCCGUCUCACCAAGGAAGUCACAGCUGCGCGAGAAGCUCUGGCCACCCUGAAACCGCAAGCUGGUCUCAUCGUGCCUCAAGCUGUGCCGAGCUCACAGCCCAGCGUCGUGGGUGCAGGCGAGCCGAUGGAUCUGGGCGAGCUGGUGGGAAUGACUCCUGAAAUUAUCCAGAAGCUUCAAGACAAGGCCACUGUGCUCACCACGGAGCGUAAGAAGAGAGGAAAGACUGUGCCCGAGGAGCUUGUAAAGCCGGAAGAGCUGAGCAAGUACCGGCAGGUGGCGUCCCACGUGGGACUGCACAGCGCCAGCAUCCCAGGGAUCCUCGCCUUGGACCUCUGUCCCUCCGACACCAACAAGAUCCUCACUGGUGGGGCGGAUAAAAACGUCGUCGUGUUUGACAAGAGUUCUGAGCAAAUCCUGGCCACCCUCAAAGGCCACACCAAGAAAGUCACCAGCGUGGUGUUUCACCCGUCUCAGGAGCUGGUGUUCUCUGCCUCCCCGGAUGCCACGAUCAGGAUCUGGUCGGUUCCGAACUCGUCUUGUGUCCAGGUUGUUCGUGCCCAUGAGAGCUCGGUGACAGGCCUCAGCCUCCACGCCACCGGUGACUAUCUCCUGAGCUCCUCUGACGAUCAGUACUGGGCCUUCUCUGACAUCCAGACCGGACGUGUGCUCACCAAAGUGACAGAUGAGACCUCUGGCUGCUCUCUUACCUGUGCACAGUUCCACCCGGACGGACUCAUCUUUGGAACAGGAACCAUGGACUCUCAGAUCAAGAUCUGGGACUUGAAGGAGCGCACCAACGUGGCCAACUUCCCCGGCCACUCCGGCCCCAUCACCAGCAUCGCCUUCUCCGAGAACGGCUACUACCUGGCGACCGCGGCUGACGACUCCACCGUCAAGCUCUGGGAUCUGCGCAAGCUUAAGAACUUCAAGACGUUGCAGCUGGAUAACAACUUCGAGGUGAAGUCGCUGAUCUUUGACCAGAGUGGCACCUACCUGGCCCUCGGGGGCACAGACGUCCAGAUCUACAUCUGCAAGCAGUGGACGGAGAUUCUUCACUUUACAGAGCAUAGUGGCCUGACCACGGGGGUGGCCUUUGGUCACCACGCCAAGUUCAUCGCAUCCACAGGCAUGGACAGGAGCCUCAAAUUCUACAGCCUGUAGGCCCAGCCCGUCGGCGCCAGCUGGGCCCAUCUCAGUAGCAGGGUGGGAGGGGUGGGGGGAGGGAGGGAGGCAGGGAAGAGAGACUACUAGGGGGGGAGGUGGGCUCUGUGGGGCGGGACAUUCACAUCAUUUCACGCUGGUCUGAGUGGUGGCCUGAGCCGGGACAUCACGGGCCUGACCCUGCACCCUCCGGGCCUCGUGGGAGCUGACAUGGAUGGAACUGU